AUGGCAAGUGACUUGCCCCCGAGCGCUAUCAAGCGUGAGCGGCCUCCAGGAGUCUCGCCGAUAUCCAACAUCGCUCCCGCGAAGCGCCAGACAGAUGAAUUGCACAAAGUACAGCCUACUCCAGCCAAGUUCCUUUGGGCAACUUGUCAGGACAUGAACGAGUCCAUGCGACUCAACAUUAAAGAAGUGGCUGUUGAACAAGCCGAAGAGAACUGCCUACAAAUCCAACAUGUCUUGGAAUCAGCUCUUGGGAAGUCCAAGAAGGACGCUAUCUCUACAGGCUCCCUGGCGAUUGAACGAAAGAUGUUCAAACAGUGGAUAGAAGAACUCAAUAAUCUUCGCGACAGACACCACAAACACGAGAUUCUCGUCGGUGUCGAAGGGCCUACCGGUGCUGGCAAAUCGUCGUUUCUCGCUGCACUUGUAGGGCUUUCCGAACUGUUCCCAUCAGGACAACAGGGAGCAGCGACUGCAGUCGUUGGGAAAGCUUCCUGGAACUGGGAUGACAAACCCGGGUCCGAAUUCCGUGCCAAGGUCACCUUGUGCGACAAAGCUGACAUCGAACAAUCAAUCAAGAAUCUUCUGAAAGACAUGAAACGCCUCUCAAAACUUAAGAGCACUCUGCCCAGGGAUUGCGAUGACCCCGAAGAGAGAGAAGAUGAAAUCACCAACACUGGAAACAGAAUCAACUGGGAGCUGCCCAGGAUCAAAGCUGUUUGGGGAUUGAAGCGAGAGGAACUCCAAGUUGUUGCAGACACCUGCAAUAGCGACCAGUCCUACCACAAAACCGUGCAGUGGAUUCUAAAAAAGAACCCUCAAGCUUGUCGCUUUCUACAGGAUGGAGUUAUCGAGUUCAACGCCGCAAAGAGAAAAGAGCUCAAUCGCAAGAUCAAGCCAUUCCUGGACUCAACGGCUGUAAAUCACGGGGCGGGAUCUCCUUUUUCUGUCUGGCCGUUGAUCCAAGAUGUGCAUAUGUACGUCAAAUCCAACUUCCUCAGGCCUGGUAUGACUGUUGUCGAUCUACCAGGAUGCGGUGAUGCGACUGCCAGUCGCGGCGAGAUUGCAAAGAAAUUUGCCCAUCGUCUGGAUGUUAGGCUGGUGGUCAGUCCUAUCGCCCGGGCAACAGAUGAGAAGCAAGGUCAAGCAUUGAUGCAAAGUGGUUUUGACGAGGCUCAGAUGAAGAUUCGCGGCAAAUACGACGGGCGCGGUUUUGGCGUCAUACUGUCAAUGAUGGACCAGAUCGAUGUUUCCACUUACGUUGAAGGGUCAUACGAACUCCAGAAUGACCCAGAAACCUCACAGAAACUUGAGGAGCUCAAGACACUCCAACAGAGGAAGCAAAAUGGCCACAAAAAGUUGAGAAACACUCAAGCACAACUCAAAUUGGUUGAGCGGGAAAGAAAGGAGGCGCAUGAGAAUCAUCGUAUGGCCAAGGAAAGCCCCUUACCUGGAAGCGAAGAUCAGUCAAACGCCAACCGAGAGAAUAUCGAGGAACUCAAAACUAAAGCAGACAAUGCGACAGCGGCUUACAAAAGAGGUUCAGAUAUGAUCAAUACCUUGAAGUCCAACAUCGAAAAAGUCUGCGAGGAGAUGGAAGAGAUCGAGGACUGGCUUCAUAAUAAAGUCACCCAGACACGCAACCAAUAUGUCAAGGAUAGACUUCAGGAAAGCCACGCGAUCCGACAAGCAGCGCUCAAUCGAUCCGACAAGGGCUCACCUCCGUUGCCCAUAUUUCCCGUCUCUAGCAAGGCUUAUUGGAGACUGAGACAAAAGGAGCCUCCCAUUCAAAGCUAUACCACGAUAUCAUCGACAGGUUUGCCAGCGGUAAGGGAGUGGCUUGUUGAGGCAACCUUGAGCAAGCGCGAGAAGCACCUUGAUGAUGUACUCGGUGCUUACCAGGGGCUGAUGGCCAUGAUGAGGUUCUACUCACAGGAGAAAGGCAUUGACGCAAACUUCGACAUUAGCCGUUCGACUGUCGAAGAUGCUCUAGCCCAAACCCAUAGAGACUUUUCUAUUAAAUUGGGAGCGAGCCUCUCCAAAGCAGCCCUCAAGAUCCAAGAACUGAACCCCCUCGAGGAUGUGAAAAGGAUCUGCAAAGCUUCCAGUGAUGAGGCUGUGAGAGUUGCAGCAAAGUGGUCCCGCAAGUACCCUGCCGAUGAUCACGACACCGAGAUGAUGCGAUGCAACACUUACACAGCCAUACUCUCUCGCAAUGGCUCUAUGUAUACUCCGAAGGGCACUGGAAUUACGUACAACUGGCUAGAAGACCUAGGUGGUCUACUACUGAGAUCUAUUUGCAAAGAAUGGGAUGACCAAAUGAAUCAAAGGUUGAUGGAAAUAAAAGCCCCAAUCAUGGAAGCUUUCAAAAAGACAUGGACCGAAUACGUGUCCCAGCUCAAACAGGACAUCAGGGAUAACUUGCCAGCCUUGGAAGUGAGCUUCAACCAUUUCGCAGCGACCGCCGACGAUGGUCUGCUGCCCAGCGACAGCAACAUUCAGAAAAUGCUGGACAAACUAUCCGAAGAUGCCUCUGAAGUCACCGAUGAUGUUGUCGAGCUUUAUGGACGGGAAUUGGAGCCAGUGUUCGAAGCUGCUCUGAACAUCAAGGGCAAUGGUUCUUACAAGCGACGCCGUGACUGUGUGACCAACAAAAUUCGCAAAAUCAGUGUGCAUAUCGCUAGGCCGAUUGUGAAUAAGCUUUCUGAGAGGCUUGAGGCCAGAAAAGCGCUGGUGCCACGAGAUCUGCACAGGAUUGCGCAAGAGGCCAUCGACAGGCUCAAACACGAACUGUCCUUCCAUCUCCACAAUCUGUUGGAGAACUACCCAGCAAGCGAGGAGUUGAAGAAGAAGAAAAUCGAGCUACAAAAGGACAUCCGCGUUCGUGUCGAGGAAUGGGAACUCGGCUGGCAGCCCCAAGGAUCUAAAGAUGAGAAGAUCAUGGGCUCAAAUCUUAAGGGCCCAGGAGACACCCAAGUCAUCAUCGAAGACGACGACAGUGACUCCGACAAGGGAGAGGAGGUUGUUGACACCCCACUGGAAGCAAUCGGGGAUGACAUGGAGAAUUUGUUUCGGGAUGAUGAGAUGCAAGACGCAUGA